AUGUUUGGAUGUGUGUUCAGAGAAGUCAACAAUUUCACUCUUAAUAUUGUAAAUGCAGAACUGUCUGAUUCUGCAACUUACCUCUGUGUAGUUUCAUACAAUUUAGAUAUGGUUUUUGUGGGCUAUACAGUUUUAGUUCUCAAAGGUUCACCAGCCAGUCAGUAUGCUGUUCUCCAGAAUCCUGCGUUAAAAACAGUAACCCAUGGGGACAAUGUGACUCUGCAGUGUACAGUAGUCGCUGAGAGCUGUGCAGGAGAACACAGUGUGUUCUGGAUCAGACAUGGUUCAGGAGAAUCUCAUCCAGGAAUCAUUUACACUGAUGGAGACAGCAGUGAUCAGUGUAAGAACAGAUCUGAUGCUGGAUCUUCUACACAGAGCUGUAUCUACAGUCUCCCCAAGAGGAACCUCAGCACCUCUGAUGCUGGAACUUACUACUGUGCUGUAGCUACUUGUGGAGAGAUUCUUUAUGGGAAAGGCACAAAACUGGAAAUUAAAGAUGAGGCUGGAGGUCAUGCAGCUCAAGGAAACAAGGUUGAGGACGAUGAUGCUUUGAACUAUGCAGCUCUUACUUUUGCUCAGAAUUCCUCUUCUAGAAGAACCAGGGAAAAUAUUAACAGCACUGUAGUAUAUGGGCAGCUGACGUGGACCGUCAACACCUCACACCUGAUUAAGAAGGCUCAACAAAGACUCUUCUUUCUCAGGAAGCUGAAAAAGGCCAAACUGCCACAGAAACUACUGGUAAACUUUUACAGGAGCACAAUAGAAAGUAUUCUGACCAGCAAUUUCACAGUGUGGUAUUCGAGCUGCACUGCCGCCAAGCGUAAAGAUCUGCAUCGGGUGGUGAAAACAGCUCAGCGGGUCAUUGGCACAGAACUUUCACACCUGGACGUGUUGUAUGCUAGCCGACUGAGGAAGAAGUGCAUAAUAUCAGUAAGCGAUUCAGGAAAUCUGGCAGAAAUCCAGUGCAUAAAGGACAAGGGUGCAAGCCUAAGCUGA